UCUUACUUAAAAAAGAAUUUCACUAAGCUUGAAUGGGAUGAUAAAUAUCGUUUAGCGUUACAACUUGCAAGUGCUGUAGAAUGUAUUCAUAAUAAAGGAAUAAUCCAUUGUGAUUUGCAUGCGCACAAUGUGUUAGUACACAAAGGCGUUAUUAAAGUAGCAGAUUUUGGCUUAUCUAAGAAAGCAAUUGAAGCAUCAAAUUAUUCUGCUAAAGAAGUAUAUGGUUUAAUGCCUUAUGUAGAUCCAAGGCACUUAGCCUUUGCAUUUGAUAUUACAUGCACUAUCCAACUCAGUAUAAUGGAUUUCAAAUCAGAUAUUUAUAGUAUAGGAGUUCUUUUCUGGUUACUA